AUGGAUUCCACUUUUUCUUCUGAUAGUAGUUGUUACAAUCUAAGACCACAACCUAUCACCUCCCAUGUGCAAUCGCAUUACAAAAAACGAAUAUCAUAUUUCCAUAACAAAGAGAUUGGAAACUUUCAGUUUGGAGUUCAACAUCCAAUGAAACCACUGCGUUUAUCUUACACCAAUGAUUUAGUAUGUGCUUAUCGAUUACAUGAAAAAAUGCGAGUUUUUUGUCCUCCAAAAGCAACCGACUAUGAAUUGAUGGAAUUUCAUAUUCCCAGUUAUAUAACUUUUUUAAAAAAUGUCACCCCUGAAAAUAGUGAGCAAUAUUCUUUUGACGCAGACAGAUUUAACAUCAGUGAAGAUUGUCCAAUAUUUAGAGGAAUGUACGAUUUUUGCCAAAUUUAUGCUGGUGCAUCGGUGGCUGCGGCUUUACGACUGACGAGUGAAGAUACUGACAUAUGCAUUAAUUGGAGUGGUGGAUUACAUCAUGCCAAGCACAAUGAGGCAUCGGGGUUUUGCUUUGUAAACGACAUCGUAUUAGCUAUUCAACAGUUGUUGAGGGUUUUUCCACGGGUUUUAUACAUUGAUAUUGACAUACAUCACGGUGAUGGAGUACAAGAAGCAUUUUACGAAACAGAUCGAUGUAUGACCGUAUCAUUUCAUAAAUAUAAAGAAAAUGGAAAAUAUUUUCCAGGGACUGGAGGUUUAGGUGAGAUUGGGAUUGGAUUAGGAAAAAGGUUUUGCUUAAAUAUACCGCUUAAAGAUGGAAUGGAUGACGAAAGUUAUGUCGCUUUAUUUAAGGAUAUUAUUACAGAUGUUAAAGACCGUUAUCAACCAAAUGCGGUUGUUCUGCAAUCUGGGGCAGAUUCACUUGGAAAGGAUAAGUUAGGGGGAUUUAAUCUUAGUAUUAAAGCUCAUGGAGAAUGUGUUCGAUUUGUAAAAAAUUGGCAAAUACCCUUACUAGUUCUUGGUGGUGGAGGAUAUAAAAUCGAAAAUGUGGCACGAUGCUGGGCUUACGAGACAAGCAUACUACUUGAUACAGAAGUACCGGAAGCACUGCCCAAACAUGCACAAUUUUAUAAUUUUUUUGGGCCAGAUUAUUCAUUGCAUCCACCUCUUGUUAGACGGAUUGAAAAUCUGAAUACUAAAGCAGAUUUACAAAAAUUGUCACAACAUAUUCACGAGCGUUUGAGAUUAUUGGAUGGAGCACCAAGUGUACAAUUACAUGAAUUUUCUAAAGAUUUGCAAGAAUUGUGGGAAGAAUCUGAGGAUGAAAUGAGAGAUUACCAAGAAGAUGCGAUCCCGGACAUUAGACCUAGACGACGUUUAAUGUUGGGCGAAAAUGAAUUUUAUGAUAGAGGUAGCGACCACGAAAAUGAUGAUCAAUUAGUAGAUGAAGAUCAGACUAUGGACUAUGUUGUAGAUAACGAAUCAUAUUAA